AUGAGUCCCCCACUACCACCUGACCCGUAUAAGAUUCUUGGGGUAUCGAAAGAUGCAAAAGCUCCAGAGAUCCGAUCUGCGCAUCGCCGCCUCGUCUUACAAUGUCAUCCAGACAAGGUUCAAGACCCAACGCUCAAGGCCCAAAAGCAGGACGAGUUUCAGAAGGUGCAGCAGGCUUACGAGCUGCUCACUGAUGAACAUGAGCGGCAAAAAUAUGACGACAAGGUUAAACUAGAAGAACUGCGCAAGCAGUUCCAAGGCAAGGCCAACAUCUCAAGUCCUCGAGCUGCGAGAUAUUCCACUCCAGACGAGGCCAGGGGCACGGAAUCCCGGGCUUCACCCUUCAAGGCCAGUGUCAGCCCUUCAGGUGUAAAGUACACAUACACCGGCCUCUCGGACGAAGAUCUUGGUCGAGGGCCGCGCAUCUUUGAGGCUGCUCCGAGAUCAUCCCGACGUGAAGCAAGCUACACAGAGAAGCCUUCAAAACGAGAAUCGGAGAGAGAACGAGAACGAGAAAGAGAGCGUGACAAAGAUCGAGACCGAGAGCGUCGACGACAGCAGGAGGACGCUAUCAGGCGGGCGGAGAAGGACGCAAAAGAAGCCCGCCGGGCUGAGAAACGAGCACGAGAAAAGCAAAUGGCCAAGGACAUGAAACGACAGUCGGAGGAGAAGAAGCGACACGCGAAGCCUUACAUCGAGCCGUUCGAUGACGAACCCCCGAUUGUCAGGUCUGACAAGAAGAAGUCUAGCAGCAGUAGCAGGAAGUACGAUGAGAAGCGAGAUCGCUCGUCUGGUAGGGAGGACAUGCCUUCAGUUCCUCCUCCGAGACUUCAGCGGUCUUGGACUACCGACGUUGAAUAUGCCACAUCGUAUAUCCAAGCUUCAAAGGCCAAAAACGCGCCAGGUCCGAAGCGGUCGGCGACCUACCAUAUUCGAACAGUCCAGCCGCCAGCUCCUACUCCUCCGCCCAUCCCCGGCCAAACUGCGCCCUUCCCAGCUCCUGAUGAUGAUGCUCGCCGGUCAUCCGCUAGAGCACGCCGCGGCUCUGAAGAUGGCCCAAGACUGUCCCGGGAACGAUCUUAUCGUGUGUCAUCAAGGGACACACUGGACGAUCCCCCCAUUAUCAGCGUGUCUCCCUCCACGCGACACGCCCCUCAAUUUGCGUCGCCUAGCUCUCCCCCAAGGACCGAUCUGCCCCGAACAAAGACGAUGCCUCAGGAGCCAGUAUCGUACUCCCGUACGCCGCCCGGCCUUUCAAGGUCUCAGACUUUUAAUGUCUUCGAGUCCGCUGACCGCCCGCGUGGACGCGAUCGUUCGCGUAUGCAAGCUCAAGUCGAAGAGUCAGAUUCUGAGGACUAUGAGAGGCGCCGGGAUAGGAAACAUCGAAGCAGUAGGAGACACCACUCUCCAGAGCAAAUGAGAACUGAAAAUGUCUCUCGUUACCAAGUCGAUGGAAGUCGCAGUAGACUUCACAGCUCGUAUAGUCGUCGCAUCGAACCCGAAGUGGUCGAUUCAUACAACUACUUUCACCCCCAAGAGGUCCGCCCUCCGAUGCCAGGUCGUGAAACCAGUUACAGUACCUCGGCCGGCAGCAAGUUCCCCAAGAUCAAGACGUCAAAAGCCUACGGCAUCGAAGACGUUCAAUACAGUUACUAUGACAGGCCAUCCCGCGAGGAGUAUGUGGCAUAUGCAUGA